AUGAAGGCCUUCCUUUUCACCGCCGCGCUAGCCAUACGCUUUGCCAGCGCGGUCAAUGGAACGACAUGGCGGACCGAAAUGCCAUACUGCGCGCAAUACUGCUUCGUGACUGGCGGCGAUUCCUUGACAAACUGUCAACUGGGACUUGAUGACGAGUGCAUAUGCACUGAAAGUACGGAUGACGUCCUGCGUGAGGUUAUGAAGACAUGCGUUGAAAUCAAGUGCAACCGAUUCAACCGAAAGUUUGCAGGGGACAUUUGGCCUAUUUUUGCCGAAUUUUGCGUCACAGAAGGCUAUCUCGACUCUUCCGAAACAGCGCUGCCUAGUAGUAUGACAGCUACAGCCGAUCCGUCAACUGUUACAUCGGCGAUAAUGACAAACACUCCAUCAACUACAACAUCUGCAAUAGACAUGACGGAAUCGACAGCCCCCACCGCAGAAUCCGAUUCUUCAAGCGCCAAUGAUGAUGACGCCUCCUCUUCGAGUAGGCUUUCUCCAGCUGCGAAGGCAGGCAUUGCAAUCGGGGCUACUCUGCCAAUAAUAGUGGGCGCCGUAUUACUCGCUCUAUGGCGUAAGAGAAGGAAAGGAAUAUUGUCUGACAAAGAUGGGGAGACCGCUAUGCCAGAGCUUGCAAGCGGCGACAACGCCAACAGGCAUGAGCUGGGCCCUGAAGCAAAGCUGUUCGGGGCGGGUAGCAAAGCGGCAGCAGAGCUUGAGAGUGGACAUGUCAUGGCGGAGCUGGACGGAACCUCAUGCCUUGUAUACGGCCCGGAAACGAAUGGUACGGGGGACGAAACUAGAACAACGGCUGAGCUAGAUGGCAAGUCACCAGGGCCAGAAUCUUCCACCCGUUCACAAGGAUCACCUGCGGACCCUGGAGCGAAUGCUGCACGAGCACCUGCACGAAAACAUUGCGAAUCCAAUAGUUCGACCUCGCUAUCACCAAAUGCUGGCGAGGUUGAACAACUGCCUUGUGAGGGCAGAGGAUUGGGGGAGGGGGAAAGAGCUGAGGAGGAGUUGCAACAUAAACCGGAGGAUGAAGUUGCGUUGAGAAGUCUAAUAAGGACCUUAAAGCAGAGACAGAGUAGCCAGUCGUCGGGUGUUGGGGAGCGAUAA